UGUCUGCUGUCCCGCGGUGGUCAUUGGGGACGGCGCACCGCCACAGCUGUCACAGAGUUACCAGAGAUGUCCGCGGCACGGCGCGUCUCCCAGCUGCGCUCCUCCAUGCUUUUUUACAACUCAACUGCUCACUCCUUUUCUCUUUCUCUCUCUCUAUGUGUCCCUUCAGGUUCCCGCCGAGGACAAGAAGAAGGACGACGAUGCCGUGUCCAUUGAACCGCCAAGUGUAGUAAAACAGCCUAUCGUCAAACCCACCCUACCAGAGGCCUGGGUGGAAUUGGAGGAUUUUCCGAAAUGUUUCUGUCGCUUGUUGGUGUUCCACAACCCCGAAAUGUACCCACACCAUGCCCAGAAGUCUCUUCUUAAGCGUUCAUAUGCGCGAGGGACUUACUACUUGUGCGUGGACAGCCUGCAUCCCUCAGAGUUCCUCAUCAGUUUUUCUGGCCUGCUUCGCUGGGGAGAAAUAGACAGCGCCAAUGACGAUUCAUCAACUACCUGCCCCGCCCUUCUCCAGGGCGCCCCGUUCCACUGGAAGAGCAGACAGUGUCAGCAGCCCAUCGUCACCAUCGAGACCAACUGCACAAAAUCCACCGUGCUUAACUUGCCCGAGGGGCGCCAUGUUUUGUCCUUUCACACGUACGCAGAGCUGGGCUACAAUGUGCAUCUGUUUAGCAAAACACCUUUCUCCUUUGGGGAAGAGGAUGCCAUUAUGUGGCUCUGCACCAAGGAAAGUGUCCGUUUUAACGAGAGAGCUAAGGCCAUCAUGUGUGCCCUGACCAGAGUGGUGGCUUCCUUUCAUGACCACCAGCAUGGGCAAAAUCCUGAAAUCAGACACAGCCUGGAGGAAGCUUACAGUCCCAAACAAACCCCGCUGGAGAACUGGCACGUCCAAAAGGUUUUCAGCCUGGCUGUCUAUCAUAUGCUGUGUGGUGCCCUGGGCAGGGAAAUGACCCCGCAGGAGCGCUUUGCUGUUUUGGCCCUCACUGCCGACCCUUUACUGUUGUCAAAGACGCGUAGGCCGCACUCCCCUGCAUCGUGUCAAGAAUCAAAGCCUCCGGAAACAUGGAUUGACAGGCAGCCAACAGAGGAAGAGGUCAAAGCAGCCAUUGUGCUGCAAGCUGCGUUCAGGGGACUUUUGGCGCGAGAGGUCUACAGAUCCUCCAAAGCAGGCACCAAGGAGAGCAUCUGCGCGUCUGCUGCGCUUUCCGACAUGUGGGUAAAGGUGGAAUGCGACGUUGACAAACACGCCACCUCCCUCCUCCGGUACAUGUUUGAGCUGUUUGACAGGAAAAGCCCAAUCUACCCGUGUCAGCUGGAUGAAUGGACUAAAGUAGUCUUCACGGACUACUCUCUAAACCUCCUGGACAAAGUCAACUCCUGGAUCUUGGUCUUUAGAGAGGUGUUCUUUUUCACGAAGGAGACGCUGCUGUUGACAAAGGUCGACAGUCCGGUCCCGUAUUCUCGGCUGCACAUCAUCAAUAACGACACCGGAGAAUAUCUAAGCAAGCUCCUCACAAAAGUCCCGCCCCUUCUUUAUCAACCCAAUGAGCUGGGUUACACGUUUGUCGCCGAGGUUCUCACGUCCGACUUGCCACCCGCCAACGCCAAGUGGACGAUGCGCUUCAUUACCACCCGAGAGCCUCUCCCGAAAUUGUCUCGUGCGCCUCCGCUCGAAACGUUUGCUGUGCAGGAAUUCCAGGAUUAUUACAUUCCCAACAUUUAUAAUAUUAUAUGUGGUUAUACGGUGAAGGUGACCGUGCCUCUCGUCGGCACCAUUCACUUUCAGGCAUCCAGCCGUUACGUCAAGAUACGUCUGUCAAUCAUAGAGCAAGAGACGGUCGUGGCCAGCGCCAUCGGCCAAGGCCACGUCGUCAUUCCUGUCGCCAACUUCCUGCCCAACGAAGAGAGGGAGGAGGAGGAGGAAGAGGAGGAGGAGAAAGAGGAGGAGGAGCCUUCAGCUCCCAAUGGCGCGAUAGAGGAGAACCAGCACACGGCCCCGGCCCAGGAGGAAGAGAUCAAGGCGUUAGACGACAGGCAGGACGAAGACGAGGAGAGCAGUACGUCGGGGAAAUCGGACUGCGAAGAUGACCACUUGCCGCCGCCCUUUAAGCCGCCGGAUUACAGGUAUUUGCUGAGGGCAGAGGUGCUGUAUCACAGCUGGAAUUUGGAAGAGUCCCAGUUGGCCUUCGCUAAUCUGCUCAGUUUCAAAGAAACCCAAGUGUUCUUUCCGGAGGAAUUGACGGAAUCGGUCUCCGCCACAUCGGGCAGCGAUGAACCGAGCACUGACGCAGCCAAAGUCAACCGGAAAGGCGAAGAUGACAAAAGGAAAAGCAGCUCCUCAUCUGUCUCCAAAGAAGAAAUGUGUCUCGACUUGAGCAAGGCCAACUACACGCUACAUGUGGCGGUCGCCAAGAGCCAAGCUGAGUGCAUCGUGGUGAAGAAGGAUGUUGGGCGAAUAGAGCAAAUCAAGGCUAUUAAAAGAGCCUGGGAGGCGGCUGAACCUGGCCGCGCUGCCAAGGCGUGGCAGCUACGUCUCAAGUGGCUCAGUCAAUUCUACUUCACCCAAGAUGGUGAUGAUCCCGCUCCAGAGCCGGCCACCACCGAUUCGGAUGACGACGGCCGCGGCGGUGGCGGCUUCAGCCCUACUCCGCCCGAUGCUCCCAAUAUACCAAUUGAAGAACUCUUAAGCAUCGUUGUUCCUCCGUUAGACUGGACACCGUUCAUCAGAAGGAAAAACGAUACCCCGAUCCUGUUGAACCCCGAACUCGAGGAGAGCCAGCGGAGGGAGCGCUUAGAACGCAUCCAGGCUUACCAGAUGGAGCGCGACCUGCUGGUGGAGGAGCGCGAACGCACGGCCGCCACCAGGAGGGAACGCAUGCAAAGCAUCCUGACGCAAUAUGAAGACCAGCAGACGGCGAUGGUGCAGGAACAACAGAAAUUCCAUGACAUAUGCACGCAGCAGAAUCAAAAAUCCUCAGACACUCGCAAAUGGCUUUUUGCAUAAACAGGAGAGAGGAUAAGAUCACGGCGGAUGAAGCCUAACAGGCCGCGAAACAAAAUCUCACUUGGCCUUAUGCAAGUGUUUUUUGUUUGUUCUUUUUUUUUUAAUCCAUUUCUUUUUUUUUUUUCAAGCGAGGCAGCCGCAAAGUUCUAAAUAAUACCACUUCUGGACCUCAGCAUGACUUUGAGAAUACAAAAAGAGUUUUGUACUGUCAGUGGAAACAGGGACAAAAAUCCUUCUGGCUGUGAAAAUGACACUUCCAACCAAUGUGCAAUUGUUUCAGUCUCUUGCACAAAUGUAAAACAAGCUGGACGAAAAAUGGAUCUACUGUACUUGGCAGUUGUUCACUUUUUGCCGGCUCAUUCCAGAUUUUUAAUUAUGUAACAAAUAUAAUUUGUUAAUUUUUCUUAGCGACGAUUUCACAAAAGAGAAAAGGAAAAAAAAAGUGCUAAGCAGAACUGGCUUACUCAAAUGCAUGUCUAUGGUUAUUACUUAUGGUCAAUAAAAAUAAAUAUUUUUGAAAUAAAGUUAAAAUGAAAAUGCUUUUAAAGAAGCAACUGAAACUACGGCAAAAUUUCGGUAUGUCAAACAAAGAAAGGUCAACCAGAUGUUUCCGAAUUGUAGUUUACUUUACGACACAAUACUAUAUAUCAGUGGUUCUCUAACUUUUUUUCAGUGAUGUACCCCCUUUGAAAUAUUUUUUCAGCCAAGUACCCCCUGACCAGCGCAACACAUUUCUGGUCGAAAAGAAAGAGGUACAGGAUUGUCCCAUCAGUGUUUGGUUUAUUAAAGUUAAACAACUUGUAGCAAUGUACCUGACAGAAACAUUGCAUAUAGAAACAAAAACGAUAAACAGUAAACAGUGACCACCAAGAAGGCAUAAACCCUUUCAAAACUCAAAUACUAUAUGCAGAACAUUGCUAAUUUAUAUUAAUCUUUCUUGUAGUAAUCUCUAGCAAGGAAAUAAAAAUAUACAUAACUAAAAAUGUGUUCACAGAAAUAAAUUAACUUAAUUAUAAAUAAAUAAUAUCUUGUUUACAAAAUAAAUUGAUAACUUAAUAAAUAAAGAUUUGCUCAUAAAAAAUAAUCAUCUUUACCUCUUUUGGGAUAAAAAAAAAGAAAUGUUUCUCUUAAAAUUGAAUUGUUGCAUUGAACAUUUGAUUUUGAUUUGACAAGCAUUGAACAAGCAUUGAACAGUCUUGAAGCUUGAAUGAGUCUUUUGCACUCAUACUCCAUUUUAGUGAGAAACAUGGACUUGUACCUCACUUUGUCAUCCUUGGUGGCAGGGAGGCAACUGCUGUGGUCAAGUUCUUCUCCAGGCUCAGUCUGUUUCUUUGCUUUGUUUCGAUCACAGUCAUUGCAGAGAAGGAGGACUCACAUUAAUAUGUAGAGGCAAAGGGCAGCAGCUGCUCCAAAGCCUUCUGUCCCAGCUCAGGGUGCUCCUGCCUCACACACACCCAAAACUGUGUGAGAGUGGAUGCGCCAAACUUCAUCUGCAGGCCACGGUCCUGGUGAGUGACAGGAAGCUUGCUUCUCUUUGCUUCAGACAAGAGAAAUGGGUUUCUCACCCAAUCAAGCUGUGCAGAUUUCUCCUCCAUGUCAGCAAAGUAGCAAUGAAAGCCCUUGUCAGGGUUUUCCAAACUAUCUUGAUCGUAUGAUUAUGUUGGAAUGUAUGUAACAGGUAAUAAAUAACCUAGCUAGAUUAGUUUUAUGCUUAUGUUGGUGUGUAACCAGCAGGGCUGUGGACUCGGUUCGGACUCGGUCAUUUUUGCCGGACUCGGAGUCCACCGAGUCCGACAAUAAAAAAAAAGAGGCAAGACGCAGCCAGAGAGUGUCACGUUACAGUCAGCGCGGUAGGAGUUGUAAGAAGCAGUAAAAACUCCACCAAACUCGCCGUAAUGACCCGUGAUAUAUGUUAUAUCCUUACUAUUUUCCAGGUUCUUAGAUAGCAAGAAUAGGUCGGACAACGACGUGAAUGAUAACUGCUUUAUUCCUUACUCACAGUGCGUUCACAGGGCGUACCACAACAACACAGAAUGCGGCCAUUCCACUUCCGGGGUUUUUCUACUACGGAAUUUGAGUUAGCCCAAAAUACACAACAUUUCUUCCCCUCUUACAAUGAACGUGCUAUAUGCACCUAUAACUUGAAAUCUUCAAGAUCUAUCAAUAACUACCAUUAAACAAAUAUCAUAUAUGGUCCAGACAAUUAUGACAAUAAUAUUCCCAUGAAACCUUAACUUUGGGUGCGUUUGGACUACGUCAAAUUAUACCGAAUUAUAGCGAAAACCCGAUGUCGUACGGCGUCGUACGGCGUCAGCACUGUUGUUUUCAAUAAAAACAUGAAGAACUCACGUUUGCGUCAGUCAAUUUUAAUUUUUAGAAAGGAUUAUUCUCAUUUGAUGUCUUUAAAUUCAUCCGCGUUCUGCCAUUGAAGCGGGGUGCAUUCAAAGACCAGUCGUACAGACGGAAACGUUUUGUGAUCAAAUCUUUCAUAACGAGAAUGAUUUGAGUGAAUUGAUUUGAAUGAAUAAUUGAGACAAAAUGUCAGUUCUGAAGGCUCCUUUUGUCCCAAGCAAAGUGACAGAUGGUGGGGAGGGGGGAUAAAAAAUUGUAAAAUCAAUUCACUCAAAUCAUUCUCGUUAUGAAAGAUUUGAUCACAAAACGUGUGUGGCUUUUUCUUAAAUGAACACGUUUGCCAUUGCUAUCGUGUCAGCUUUUAAUUAUAUUGCGCUGUCAUGUUAAAGCAAAUUAAUAAAUGCAACAAUAUAAAUUUGCUUUGAAAAUCCCUGAGUAAUAAAAUAAAAUGGAUGGAUGGAUGAAUGAUGAUCACAAUUAAGUAGAAAGUCUCCUUUGUAAUAUAUACUCCUUGUAGCCUGUACCCAAAAAGAGGAGUUUCUUUGCAUCGAUGUUUAUGCAAAGAGCUCACGUAAUUAUAUUGUUGCGUUUUGGUGAAGUGAAUGAGUGUUCCGUCUGUAAGACUGGUCUUUGAAUGCACCCCGCUUCAAUGGCAGAACGCGGAUGGCAUCGAAUGAGAAUAAUCCUUUAUAAAAAUUAAAAUUGACUGACGCAAACGUGAGUUCAUGUUUUUAUUGAAAACAACAUAGUGCUGACGCCGUACGACAUGGGUUUUUCGCUUUCCAAAUAAGGGGUCGUCACUAAUUAUUUGUGUUUAGAUAAAUGUCUGAGCUAUAAUGGUGUAAUUAAUGAUUAAAACUUGAAAGUAUCUGUUUAUUGUAUUCGUUUAUAUGUUUAAUAAAGACAA